CCGGUUCCUCUCUUCGUUUACACCGUUCAUUCAGUCCUCUGGUAGCUCGCACGGUGGAUUCACUAGUUAAUCCAUUUAACGUCAACCGACACCUGGGGAGAAGCUGUGCAGCUCUUCAAAUACCCGUGCUACUUAUUUACCAGCCGGCGUCCACUACUUUAGCAUAUCUCCGCCAUGGCUAGCUACCAUAAACCGGACGAGAAGACGCUGCAGGGCCUGAAGGACAUCGCUAACAAGUUACGGAUCAACUCGGUCAAGGCAACAUGCGCCUCCAACUCUGGUCAUCCCACCACAUGUUGCAGUGCCGCAGAGCUGAUGUCCGUGCUGUUCUUCCACACGAUGCGUUACAAAGCCACCGACCCACGCAACCAGUGUAACGACCGCUUCGUACUGUCCAAGGGUCAUGCUGCACCAAUCCUGUACGCUGCCUGGGCGGAGGCGGGCUUUGUGAAGGAGGCUGACCUGAUUAACCUGAGGAAGAUAGACUCUGACCUGGAGGGUCACCCCACACCUAAACUGGAGUUUGUUGACGUGGCAACGGGGUCUCUGGGACAGGGGCUCGGGGCUGCCUGCGGGAUGGCUUACACCGGGAAACACUUCGACAAGUCCAGUUACCGUGUGUACUGCAUGCUGGGUGAUGGGGAGUGUUCGGAGGGGGCUGUCUGGGAGGCCAUGGCGUUUGGUUCCCACUACAACCUGGAUAACCUGGUGGCUAUUAUCGACGCUAACCGCCUGGGACAGAGUGAAGCUGCUCCUCUCAAACACGACAUGGACGUGUACCGUAAACGCUGCGAAGCCUUCGGGUGGAACACGUAUGUAGUGGAUGGUCAUGAUGUUGAGGAGCUGUGUAAAGCUCUGUGGCAGGCCCAGCAGGUGAAGGGGAAACCCACCAUGAUCGUCGCCAAGACCUUCAAGGGGAGAGGACUCAAAGGCAUAGAGAACACGGAUAAUUGGCACGGGAAGCCCAUGCCUAAGGACCGGGCCGAGGAGGCCAUUAAAAACUUACAGGCUCAGAUUCAGAACCCCAACAAGACCAUCUGCCCAGAGCUACCUAACGAAGAUACCGCCCCUGCUGACCUUUCACCUAUCACCCUGCCUAGCCCUCCCAGUUACAAGAUCGGAGACAAGGUGGCUACUCGUAAGGCGUAUGGCGUGGCCCUGGCUAAACUGGGUCAGUCCAGUCAGAGGGUGGUCGCUCUGGAUGCUGACAUGAAGAACUCUACCUUCUCUGAGAUGUUCCACAAGGCCUUCCCUGAACGCUUCGUCGAGUGCUUCAUCGCUGAACAGAACAUGGUGAGCGUGGCGAUCGGCUGUGCCACACGGGACCGCACGGUGGCGUUCGCCAGCACCUUCGCUGCCUUCCUGUCCCGGGCUUACGACCAUAUCAGAAUGGCUGCCGUCUCAGAGUCUAACAUCAACCUGGCGGGAUCACACUGUGGAGUCUCUAUUGGUGAGGAUGGCCCCUCCCAGAUGGCAUUGGAAGACAUCGCCAUGUUUCGCGCUAUCCCAACAUGCACGCUGUUCUACCCAAGUGACGGCGUCUCCACCGAGAGGUCUGUGGAGCUGGCUGCUAACACCAAGGGUAUCUGUUUCCUCCGCAUCACCAGACCAGAACUAAAGGUGAUCUACGACCCCAAGGAGAAGUUUGAGGUGGGCGUGGCCAAGGUGGUGCGUCAGUCCGACAGCGACAAGGUGACUGUGAUUGGAGCUGGAGUGACUCUGCAUGAAGCCUUGACUGCUGCUGACCUGCUGGCCAGCGAGGGAGUGAACAUCCGUGUGAUUGACCCGUUCACCAUCAAGCCCCUGGAUGCCGCCACCAUCUUAUCGAGCGCCCGCGCCACCGGAGGGAGAAUCAUCACCGUCGAGGACCACUACAGAGAGGGUGGUCUGGGGGAGGCGGUGCUGUCUGCGGUGGGGGAGGAGCCUGGUAUCAUGGUGACGCGCUUGGCGGUGAACCGUAUACCCCGGAGUGGAAAACCUCAGGAGCUCCUGGACCUGUACGGCAUCAGCGCCAAACACAUCGCCAACGCCGUGCGCCAGACCUUCGCUAACUGAAGCAGCUUAUGGGCCCUGGUCUAAAGUAGUGUACUAUAUAGGGUGACAUUUGGGAUAUACACAACUCUUCUCUCCUCUCUGACCUGUCACCCCCCCCUCUCUGACCUGUCACCCCCCUCCCUCUCUGCAGUCUGAGGGGUGAAACGACGUGGACCUUUGUUCUGAACCUUUCUCCACCCGACCUUCUCCUUCUCACCAUUUCUAUUGAAUAUGAAUUGUGUAUUUGUCAGAUUCCUUAAUACCCAUGUUUCUGUAUCGCUCUUCAUUCCAGUAUCUUUCUCUUUCCGUUCCAUGUGUUCUAACUGUUCCAUGUGUUCUAACUGUUCCAUGUGUUCUAGCUGUUCCAUGUGUUCUAGCUGUUCCAUGUGUUCUAGCUGUUCCAUGUGUUCUAGCUGUUCCAUGUGUUCUAACCUCCCUGUUUCUCCAUAGCACUGUUACAGGCACACCGCCAUCUUGGUUUCUCAUUGAGCCAGCAUGGUGUCUAACUGAUGCAGGGAAUUCACAUUUGACGGACCAGAGUUGUAAUGACUCACUUACAAAAGAGCUGAAUUUUAAACUGCUAUGUAAUAUACUGUUCUCCUGACCUGUUGGUAUCUGACCUUGAUCUCUUCAUGUGUCUGUUACUGCUGCUGUGUUACCCAGGCCCUGUCAACUCAUGGUUGGUUUGCAUUGCCGUUAUGCUGAAAUAAAAACCUGACCCAA